AGUCAAGAUAGCUUUUUGUGUUGAGGGCUUCCGUUUUUCAACUGCGGACUCGGUGUUACUGAAAUCAAAUGGCAGGAAUCUGUUAAAUUGUCGAGGUUUUGAAUUUGCUUAUUGUUUGAAGAACUUCACAAGAAGGACCUAAAAAUGGGCAGAAGUAGAAGCAGAUCCCCACCAAAACGAGAGAGACGGCGCUCGGGUUCGAGGGACCGCGAACGCAAGCGCAGGGAAAGGGAACGCUCCCGUUCUCGAGACAGGGAACGGCGUAGGAGUCGUUCACGCUCUCCAGCCCGCAGGCGACGCUCAAGGUCUCCUCGCCAGCUACACUCUUCCUCCAGCUCCCCCUCCAGGCAGAAGGACAGACGUGAUGCUGAUAGAAAGGAUUCGAAGGAUAAGCCGAUUAAGGAGCAUCAGAUCUCGGAGGAAGACAUGCAGGGCAAGACUGAAGAGGAGAUUGAGAUGAUUAAGAUUAUGGGAUUCGGCAACUUUGACACCACGAAAGGAAGGAAGACCGAUGGAGCAGUCAAUGCACAUGCUAUCAAUGUUUCUCAGAAGAGGAAAUACAGGCAGUACAUGAACAGAAAAGGUGGAUUCAACAGACCUCUGGACUUCAUUGCUUGAAGUAGGAUAAACAACAGACUCAUUGAUGUUCCCUAAAAUGUACUAGCCUUGUGGUCUCUCCUUACUGUGACACUGUGUGUUUUGGUGAUAAAGUACUUUUUUUUUGUAUAGUGUAUUUCUUUUUCAUUUAUUGACUCCCUGCAUUGCAUAUAAGUUCUGCAAAUACUCAUGCAACUAAGUAAAUGUUUCUGUAACAUCCGUUUUUUUUUUAAGAAUGAGCCUUGUUGACAACAUGCUUGGGUCAAUAUGCUUUUCAGUGUGCAUUUUAAGGUAUUUUUGAUUCAGAUUAAAAACGUUUAAAUUCA